GUCCUCAAAUACUUUGAAUUCUAUGUCAGAAUGAAAAUGAGAAGAAAUUCAUCUCCUCAAAGAAAGAAAUGAUAUGAUCGCCGUAAUCCUUGCACCCUUCUGGUGCAAGUGCUAGUAAACAAUAUCCCAGGCAUUACUACAACUUCGCAACAGAUAAUAUCUGAAAGCAGAACAUCAACAAAUUUUUUGUUCAACAAAAUUCUCUUGAUAGGAUAUACAGAGCAGUAUAUAUAACGAGCAAUUUCUGGCUCCAGUGUAAACUCUAAACGAAUUUAAACCAACAGAGCCAAGUUUGAGAGGAGAAAUUUAAUCACCAACACUUCGGGCUUGUAAAUGACCAAUAAAAUGGGUGACAACCUUGCAGAGAAACCUACGAGUAACAACUUCCCCUUUUACAAUAGCUUGGAAAAUGAGAAGAUGGUAAUCACGGAGGAGUUGAAUCUUAGAAUGGGAAGCUGAAAUACUCCACUAAGGCAGCAGAUUCAAACGAUUUUGAAUCUGGCAAGCCAUGUAUAUGAGGUGUAUUUUACAGAGACAAAUAAAUGGGUAUGGUACCACAUUUGAGGACGAAAUCGGUGGUGGUGAUUGAGAGUGGCAAAAGUAGAAUGAAUAGCAAUACGCAUUAUAAGCAGACAAUACCGUCAAGUACCCAUUUCAGUCGCACAGAAUUGUGUAGGGAGGGCAAUCGAUUGAAGAAGGCGCUUCACACUCUACUUAGAAAGCACGACCCCACUGAAGACGCCAAUGCAUAUCGUCAACUAUUGCACAGCUGCAUUGCCAACAGUGCGCUUUCACAAGGUAGGCAAAUCCACUCUUUAAUCACCGACAGGGGAUUUCCAUUUGCUACACGCACUUUUUUUCAAAAUAAGCUUAUCAGCAUGUAUGUCAAGUGUGGUAAUUUGGUGGAUGCUCGCAAGGUUUUCAAUGACAUGACAGAACGAAACGUUGUGUCAUGGAAUGUGCUGGUUGUGGCGUACAGAAAACAUGGCUGUCCUCACGAGGCUUUGGCUCUGUUCCACCAAAUGCAACGAUCUGGUCUCCAACCUGAUCACUUCACCUAUGCCAGUGUCCUUCCAGCCUGUGCCAAACUUGGAGCUUUGGAAGUGGGUAUGGACAUCCAUGAAAGUGUAAUGGAAAGUGGGUUUUUGUCAGAUGUUGUAGUUGCUAGUGCCCUCGUUGACAUGUAUAUAAAAUGCGGAAGCAUACACAAAGCACGGGAGUUGUUUGAUAUAAUGCCUCACAGAAAUGUGGUUUCAUGGAAUGCCAUCAUCGCUGGAUAUGCCCAGAAUGGUGCUCUUGAUGAGGCUGUUAGCCUUUUCAAAGAAAUGCCUCUACCAGAUGUGAUCUCGUGGAAUGCGCUUAUUACUGGAUUUGCACAAAAUGGUUUUCUUGAUGAGGCCUUAAGGCUUUUCAAUGAAAUGCCUGAAAGAAAUGUUGUAUCGUGGAAUGCCAUGAUUGCAGGGUAUACCCAAAACGGCGUUCUGGAUGAGGCUUUAAAGGUUUUUAAAGAAAUGCCGCAACGGGAUAUGGUCUCGUGGAAUACGAUGAUUGCAGGAUUUGUGCAAAAUGGUGCUCUUGAUGAGGCUAUCAGACUUUUCAAAGAAAUGCCUCGCCGAGACGUGGUCUCAUGGAAUGUGAUGAUUGCAGGAUAUGCACAACAUGGUAUUCUCGACGAGGCUUUAAUGCUUUUUAAAGAAAUGCCUAGACGAAAUGUGGUUUCAUGGAAUGCCAUGAUUGCAGGAUAUGCACAAAAUGGUCUUCUUGAUGAGGCUUUGCGGAUUUUUCAAGAAAUGCCUCAACGAGAUGUAGUCUCAUGGAAUGCAAUGAUUGCGGGUUAUGCACAAAAUGAGCUUGUUGAAGAUGCCUUGGAGACUUUUAAGAACAUGCAAUUGGCAGGUGUAAAACCAAAUAACACAACCUUUGCUAGCAUCCUUCCAGCAUGUGCAAAAAUGGGAGCUUUGGAACAGGGUAUGAACAUCCAUCAAAGCAUAAUCGAAACUGGUUUUUUGUCGGAUAUUGUAGUUGAGAGUGCCCUGUUAGACAUGUAUGCAAAAUGUGGAAGCACAGACAAGGCAUGCAUACUGUUUAAAAAAAUGCAUCAACGAGAUGUGGUCUCAUGGAACGCAAUGAUAGCAGGAUAUGCGCAAAAUGGAUUCUUUGAAAAUGCCUUGGAGACUUUCAAGCAAAUGCAAUUAGCAGGUGUAAAGCCAAACUGCACAACCUUUGCCAGCAUCCUUCCAGCUUGUGCAAAAAUGGGCGCUCUGGAACUGGGUACGGACAUCCAUCAAAGCAUAAUUGAAAGUGGAUUUUCCUCAGACUGUGUACUCGCAAGUGCCCUCGUACAGAUGUACGCAAAAUGUGGAAGCAUAGACAGGGCACGCCAACUGUUUGACAAAAUGCCUCAAAGAAAUGUGGUCGCAUGGACAGUAAUGAUUGCAGGAUAUGCACAGAAUGGGCUUGUUGAAAGGGCUCUGGAGACUUUCAACGAAAUGCAAUUGGCAGGCGUAAAGCCAACCUCCAUAACCUUCGUUUGUAUUUUAUUUGCAUGCAGCCAUGCAGGUUUAGUGAAUGAGGGCUGUAAAUACUUCGAUGGCAUGAAUGAUUCUUAUUGUGUAAUACCCACAAUGGAUAACUAUGUAUGCAUGGUUGAUCUCCUUGGCCGUGCUGGUUAUCUCGACGAAACUCUGAAUUUCAUCAUCAAAAUGCCAAUCAAGCCUCCAGCAGUUGUGUGGGCAACUUUGCUUGGUGCUUGUAGAUCACAUAAGAACAUAGGAUUAGGUGUAUUUACAACUACUCUCCUUUUUGAACUGGAUCCAAAAUAUACCGCACCUUAUGUUCUAAUGUCAAACACCUAUGCAGAAGUGGGCAGGUGGGAUGAAGUUCUAAAGGCAAGGAGAUUGAUGAAAGAUAGAGGAAUUAAAAAGCUACCAGGUUGUAGUUGGAUUGAAGUCCAUAAAAUUGUAAAUGUUUUUUGUGCAGGAGACAGAUCACACCCACAAACAUGGGAAAUCUAUGCAAAGUUGGAGAAAUUGUCUUGGGAGAUGAAGGAAGCAGGGUAUAUUCCCAAUUCAAGUAAUGUACUGAAUGAUGUAGAGGAAGAGGAUACAGAAUUAUUUGUUUGUCACCACAGUGAGAUGUUGGCAAUUGCAUUUGGAUUGUUAAACACAUCCCCCAAAACAACCAUAAGAAUUGUGAAGAACCUUAGAGUAUGCGUUAACUGCCACACUGCAACCAAAUUCAUCUCCAAGAUUGUUGCACGAGAAAUUAUUGUGAGAGAUGGGAACCGGUUCCAUUAUUUCAAACAAGGACAAUGUUCUUGUGGAGAUUACUGGUAAUACUAAGUGAAGCAAGAUGCAAACAUGGUUUUGAACCAUAAAAAGGUGCACCAUAUAAAACUUGCAAUGAUCCAAGGAGUCAGGUUUCAUACAAUCUGCAAAAUUUCUCCUUUUCAAGUUUUUGGAGAGCUAAAACAUGCAAUUGAAUUCAUAGAAUCAGAUGAAGCAUUCAUAGCUUUUGAAUGAAGAACUGGAGGAGGUAAGAGCAUGAGAAAAGCAAAAGGAUUGGAACACUUGAAGGAAAUGGAAAGAUGCUUAGCCUCCAUGAAAUGUGAGACAACCGGGAGAGCACUUAUUCAUAGUUCUUUAGAUAAAUUGCUAUAUCUUGUAUCUAUGUCAGGGCUACCAUUUGGGAUUCAAUUAAAUGUAUCUGAUUAUGUAUGCAAAAUUUUCAUGCCCGAGUGAAUUUUUUUCUUGGUGAAAAUGUAAUCUUUGUACCUUGAAAAGACACUGGCAUGAUAAGCAAUUACAUGGAUUUUGGGGUUGAACCCAUAUAUCUGAACCCAGAGAAACCGAGGGGUACAGACAUGACAGUUAAAGAUUUAGAACAUUGGGAAAAUAUGAUGAUUACCCCAAUAACUUAUGAGGAACAAUGUGGUGGAAUACCUUGCUAGGGUCAAGAGAGUCAAUUUAAUAAUAGAUUAUAAUAUGACCAAAUUGUAUACUCUCUUUAUAAACUAUAAACCCAACAAACACUUGUAAGGAGUAAAUUUCAAGUGGCUUGAUAUGAGCUGGAGACAUUUUCCAUGA